AUGAUUUGUUUUGGAAAAAGAUAUCAAGCUUGCCAAUCUAAAAUAGAAAAUUCUAGAUUUUGGAAGCUUUGCAUUGAUGAGCCAUUUAUUAUUUCAACAAACUAUCGACUUUGAAAUUUAGAUAGAUGAAAAUGGAAGGCAAAAGGAACUUCUUGUCAGAAUUUAUUCAACAAAGAAUAUAUAAAACGUCAAUUAAGUUUAUAG